AAAAAAUGUUACGCUCGUUCGUUACCUGACUGGCGAGGUUGAGUUGACAGACAACAUCCACAGGAGAGAGAGAGAGAGAGGGGAGGAGGAGGAACAUGGAAUGAAGAAAAUUACAUUAAACAAAAAACACAAUGAGGUUGGAAUUACCGUGUCUUAAACCAACCGGAGAAGGUGUAGAGCUGUUGUGUUAGCCCGUCUGUCCAACCAACCGCUCCACCAGGUGUAUCAGACCGCUGGGAAUGACUGCACCUUCACAACCUCACCAGGAGUGGGCCCUGGAGGACGACGCCCACAUCAAUCACACAGCCAGGAGCUAGGAGCACCUUCCUUCCUUUAGCUAGGAGCACCUUCCUUCCUUUAGCUAGGAGCACCUUCCUUCCUUUAGCUAGGAUAGCCUCUCUUCCUUUAGCUUGGAUAGCCUUUCUUAGUUAGCUAGUGUGAGUCCAGUCCUAGGUUUAGAUGCAGCUUUGAUGCUGGUGGUGAUUUAGAGAGAGAGAGACCCACAGAAGAGGAUGGCUCAUCAGUUCACCUGAUCUCUACCCUUACUGUUGCUAACUUGAUUAGUAGUUAUCAGCCGAAGGCCUCAUACAGAGUAUAUUCACACUCACACAUUCAGUACUAGCCCUACACUGUGUGGUGAUUUGGCUCCCUCCACCUCUCCAUUCCCCUCCACGCCCCCCUGACGGUCUGGUGGAUGUUUUGGCGGCUCUGAGGACUGCAUGGCAGUGGCGUAAUCGUGGAGAGGCCAGGGUACCACAAACUUAUGGACUUUGACAAGAGAGGAGGAGGAGGAGGAAAGGGGGAGGCAGAGGAAGGGAAGAGGAUGUCAAAGACGGGAGGGAGCCGGUCGGGGCACGGCAGUCGCAGCUCGGGGAGCAACUCCGGGGUGCUCAUGGUGGGCCCUAACUUUCGGGUCGGGAAGAAGAUUGGUUGUGGGAACUUUGGAGAGCUACGCCUGGGGAAGAACCUGUACACUAAUGAAUAUGUGGCUAUCAAACUGGAGGCCAUCAAGUCCCGGGCCCCACAGCUCCACCUGGAGUACAGGUUCUAUAAACAGCUGGGGAGUUCAGAGGGCGUCCCCCAGGUAUUCUACUUCGGGCCCUGUGGGAAGUAUAAUGCCAUGGUUCUGGAGCUGCUGGGACCCAGUCUGGAAGACCUGUUUGAUUUGUGUGACAGAACCUUCUCCCUCAAGACCGUCCUCAUGAUCGCUAUUCAGCUGAUCACGCGGAUGGAGUUUGUCCACACCAGGAGUCUGAUCUACCGGGACGUGAAGCCAGAGAACUUCCUGGUUGGCCGGCCCGGCAGCAAGCGGCAGCACACAAUCCACAUCAUAGACUUCGGCCUGGCCAAAGAGUACAUCGACCCUGAGACCAAGAAACACAUCCCUUACAGGGAGCACAAGAGCCUGACGGGCACCGCACGUUACAUGAGCAUCAAUACUCACCUGGGCAAAGAACAAAGCAGGAGAGAUGACCUGGAAGCUCUAGGUCACAUGUUCAUGUACUUCCUGCGAGGCAGUCUGCCCUGGCAAGGCCUGAAGGCAGACACUCUGAAGGAGCGCUAUCAGAAGAUAGGUGACACCAAGAGAGCCACGCCCAUCGAGGUGCUAUGUGAGAACUUCCCAGAAGAGAUGACCACCUACCUGCGUUAUGUGCGGCGCCUGGAUUUCUUUGAGAAGCCGGACUACGACUACUUACGCAAACUCUUCACCGACCUCUUCGAUAGGAACGGCUACGUCUUUGAUUACGAGUACGACUGGGUCGGCAAGCCACUGCCCACUCCUAUUGGUCCAGUCCCCAGUGAGCCCCUCCUACAGUCCAGCAGCAGAGACAAGGCAGCGCAGCAGACCAAAAACCAGUCGCCAGAACCCAAAGGAAGUGAUUCCCAGCCCACUCCAGUGACCAAUAGGGAGCUGCUGGGGUCCCAUCUAACAGCUGAUAGGCUGGGGGGCUCUGUCCAGGUGUUGAGUUCAACCAAUGGGGAGCUGAAUACAGACGACCCGACGGCGGGCCACUCCAAUGCACCCAUCACUGCCCCGGCCGAGGUGGAGGUGGCCGACGACACCAAGUGCUGCUGUUUCUUUACGAGGAGGAAGAGGAAAGGCCUUCAGAGACACUAGUGAAGAAGAGGAAAGGCCUUCAGAGACACUAGUGAAGAAGAGGAAAGGCCUUCAGAGACACUAGUGAAGAGGAGGAAAGGCCUUCAGAGACACUAGUGAAGAGGAGGAAAGGCCUUCAGAGACACUAGUGAAGAAGAGGAAAGGCCUCCAGUGAAGAAGAGGAAAGGCCUUCAGAGACACUAGUGAAGAAGAGGAAAGGCCUUCAGAGACACUAGUGAAGAAGAGGAAAGGCCUCCAGAGACACUAGUGAAGAAGAGGAAAGGCCUCCAGAGACACUAGUGAAGAAGAGGAAAGGCCUUCAGAGACACUAGUGAAGAAGAGGAAAGGCCUUCAGAGACACUAGUGAAGAGGAGGAAAGGCCUUCAGAGACACUAGUGAAGAAGAGGAAAGGCCUUCAGAGACACUGGUGAAGAAGAGGAAAGGCCUCCAGUGAAGAAGAGGAAAGGCCUUCAGAGACACUAGUGAAGAGGAGGAAAGGCCUUCAGAGACACUAGUGAAGAAGAGGAAAGGCCUUCAGAGACACUAGUGAAGAAGAGGAAAGGCCUUCAGAGACACUAGUGAAGAAGAGGAAAGGCCUUCAGAGACACUAGUGAAGAAGAGGAAAGGCCUUCAGAGACACUAGUGAAGAAGAGGAAAGGCCUCCAGAGA